UCUCACGGAGCAGAUGAUUUUCAUAAACUUCCUCUGAGCCUCCAAUAAUAAUAUGGACAGACUUAAAUGGAAACAUUUAUAUCCAAUCCCACUCAUAAUAUGGAAAAGAAGAUGUUAUAGUUUUUAUUGAAAUUACAACUCUUUCCAAAUUCGAUUAGAGAAAUAGAAAUGGGAAAGUUGCAAUCGAAACAUGGUAAGACAGUUUGCGUUUCGACAUGUCGACGUAUCAUGGAUUCUUUAUACUAUUUUUCUUUUUCUUUUCUAGCAUCUAAACGGAGAGAAAAUCCAGAAGGAGGUGCUUUCAACGAGGCAGACUGUGAUGGCGAAGUAGACAGAAACGCAGACAAGCAGAAUCUUUGUGGUAGAGAUCCAAAAGAAGAUCAUUACUGUUCACUGGAGGUAAUAUUGCCACCAGACAGAGUAACAGAGAGUCACAAACCUCUCCUUUCUUCUCCUGAAAACGAAAGACAGCAACCUCUCAAAGAUGCACCGAGGAGAAAUGGAAAGAGAGAUGAUGUGGAGUGUAAUGUGUCUACGGAUGAAAAUCUUCAUGAUUGGAUGAUCACAUUGUGCGAUUUUGACAGCAACGGCAAAGUGACCAAAGAGAAUAUGUUGUGCUUGAUGCAUGCAAUCUAUGAGGUGGUGGAGGCAUCAGUUAAACAGAUGGUUCUUAGCAAUGGCACAACUCUGCGUGUGAAGCUGAGUGUCACCCCAUUAACCAAAGGCAACAGAAAAGAUCGAGUUGUUGGAAUAUCUCAUAAAGAGCGAGAUCAAAGGGAGGGAACAAUGCAGUGUGCAGAAAGCCAUCAUAUUCAAAUUAGAGGCCAGAGCUCAGGUCAGUUGGGUGAUCCGGACAGAAAGCACUAUUCUGUUGAUGAAAACACAGAACGUAGGAACCACUAUCUAGAUCUGGCUGGGAUUGAGAACUACACCUCCCGAUUUGAAGCUGAACCAUCUGCUGAGAAAAAGAAGCAGGACAGCCAAUCCCAUGGCCAUCACCGUCGCUCUCAGACCGUGACCUCCAGCCCUGUGGAGUCUUCUGGUAGGUCCAUUCCUUUCCUCGGGUCACUCCACAACCGCAGCAAGUCUGUCAGUGGCAGUGGAGCUGCAACCAAACCCAGCAAGCUCCAUGGGCAUCACCCUGUGACCUGGUGCCAUCCAUCCCAGCAACAAACGCAGCCUCCUCUGAUGCAUAGCUCCAGCAAACGCACCCGUGCCAGGACCCGUGAGACCACAUCACCUUCCAGAGGCAACCAGGGCCUGGACAGAGAGUUGCAGCCUGGGCCAUCUGUCCCUGCUGGGGGCUUUAUGCCCAUUCCUCAAAGGCAUGAGCACCAUCAUCACCAUGAGCAUCAUCAUCACCAUCAUCAUCACCAUUACCACCCAGCAUAAGAGUUCUGAAGCAGUUCAGGUCAUGGGAAUUUCAGUGAGUGGCACCAAAAUGAGUGACAAAGUAGCAAACUCUGAUACCUUUUUGAAGGUAGAAUUAAUUUUGUUCUCUACAUACAAAGAGGAACUGUGGUUCAUCUGUCACACAGUUAGAACAUUUCUACAAGAAAAGGGCUGGACCACGUUUAUUUAAUAAUAAUAGUAUAGAUAUAUACUGCUCAAAACAAUUAAGGGAACAUGUUAUCAUCACAGUAUAAUACAGAGUCAAUUAAACUUCAGGGAUAUCAAUCUGUCCAGUUAGGAAGCGUAAGCGAUUGUGAAUCAAUGUCACCUGUUUUGGUGCAAAUGAAAGUGACAGCAGGUGCACAUGAGAGGCUAAAGCAAGACAUCCCCCAAAAAGGGAAUUGUUUUGCUGGUGGUGGCCACAGACAAUUGCUCUCUCCUUAUAAUUCCUGACUGAUUCUUCUCUAGUUUUGCAUUUUGCUAGUGUCCUUGGCACUACUGGUAGCAUGAUGCUGCAGCCCGUUCAGGUUGCACAGGUAGUUCAGCUCCUCCAGGAUGGCACAUCCAUACGUGCCGUCACAAGAAGGUUUUCAGUGUCUCCCAGUACAGUCUCAAGAGCAUGGAGGAGAUACAAAGAGAUGGGCCAUUACAUGAGGAGAGCUGGACAGGGCCAUAGAAGGGUGUCAACCCAGCAGCAGGACCGUAAUCUGCUCCUUUGUGUGAGGAACAGGAGGAUAACUGCCAGAGCCCUACACAAUUACCUCCAGCGGGUUACUGGUGCAUGUUUCGGACCAAACUGUCAGAAACAGACUCCAUGAGAGUGGCAUGAGGGCCCGACGUCCUCUAGUGGGACCUGUGCACACAGCCCAGCACUGUGCAGUUCGCCAGAGAACACCAGAAUUGGCAGGUCCAGCAUUGGCGCCUCGUUCUCUUCACAGAUGAGAGCAGAUUCACACUGAGCACAUGUGACAGGUGUGAAAGAGUCUGGAGAUGCCGUGGUGAUCGUUAUGCUGCCUGCAACAUCAUCCAGCAUGACCGGUUUGGCGGUGGGUCAGUGAUGGUCUGGGAGGCAUAUUCUUGGAGGGUUGCACAGACCUCCACGUGCUAGCCAAUGGUACCCUGACUGCUGUUAGGUACCGGGUUGAAAUCUUCAGACCCAUUGUCAGAACUUACGCUGGUGCAGUGGACCCUGGGUUCCCCCUGGUGCAGGACAAUGCCUGGCCUCGUGUGGCCAGAAUGUGUAGGCAGUUCCUGGAUGAUGAAGACAUUGAUGCCAUUGACUGGCCCUCAUGUUCCCCAGACCUGAAUCCAAUUGAGAACCUAUGGGACGUUAUGUAUCGUUGCAUCCGAUGCCGACAAGUGGCACCACAGACUGUCCAGGAGCUCACUGAUGCCCUGAUCCAGGUCUGGGAGGAGAUCCCCCAGGACAUAAUCCGCUGUUUCAGCAGGAGCAUGCCCAGACAUUGUCGGGAGUGCAUGCAGGCAUGUGGGGGCCAUACACACUACUGAGUCACAUUUUGAGUUGCCGUGAUGAAAUUCACAGAAGUUGGAACUUCAAUUGAUUUCAGUUGUUAUCUUGGUGGUGUGAGUUUGAAUCCAGCCCUUAAACAGUUGGUGAUUUUGGUUUCCAUUGACCAUUGUUACGUCAUUUUCCUCUCAACCAAUUAUACAGUGUACAGUGAAGAUUUUGAUCUUCAAUAUAUUUUGCUCAUCGAGAUUCAAUGUGUGAUUUAAGUGUUGCCUUAAGUAUUUUGAGCCGUGUAUAUGUGUGUGUGUGUAUAUAUAUAUAUAUAUAUAUAUAUAUAUAUAUAUAUAUAUAUAUAUAUAUAUAUAUAUAAACGGCACUUGCACAAAAUCUGCAUUCACACCCAUUAUGUAAUUAUGUGCUUCCCUCUUGUUGUUCUAAAUCGAAUUGUUAAAGCAGAAGUGUGUAAUUUCUGCACCAUGAAUGAAAUUGCAAAAAUAAACAUUUGUUUUCAAACAGCUUUGUGAAUACACCCCCUGUCUGCUGUUGAUAAAACAAACAGAUAGUCCCACCCCAAACUCAUGCCAUUGGUUGUGUCAGUGUUGUUGAGUCAGGCUGGAUGGGUUGCUCAAAACAAAUAGCAUUUUUUUUUGUCGAACCACAGAGUAUUUACUGUUUCUGAGAAAAUUAACCCACACAUGACUAACUUACAGUUGUCUUUGUAUAUUAAACUGGGAUAUGAGGAAAUGUUUUAACACAGAAAGUUACACACUUAAGCUUUAAGCUCAAACUUGUUUUAUCCAAUAGUUCAUAGCUCCGAUUUUGAUAUAAUACAUUUGGGUUUCCUUUUUGGUUUGAAAAAUGUAGCAUAUUAGUAUUGAGUAUAUGCUUAGUUCUAAAAGUAAUUGUAAUACUUGGGUUUAUGUGGUGCAAGAUAACUCAAAUUUAGGAGCCUUUGAAACUGAAGAUGUUUUCCUCAGUAUUUUAUUCUAUAUAGAUAUGACCAGUUUUAUUUAUUUCAUAUGUCAAUGUUUUUAUUAAUGUAUUUUUAAGAGUAAAGUUUUUAAACCAAAGAUAGUCUUUACAUCUAUAUUCCAUGUUUAUGUUCU